AUGCCCACCCACCUCGCCGCCAUCGCCCACGAAAAAGACACCCCCUUCACAAUCCUCCCCCGCCAAACCCCGAAACCAGGCCGCGGCGAGCUCCUCAUCGCCGUUAAAUCCAUCGCCCUCAACCCCGCAGAUAUCAUCAUGCGAAACACGGGCCUCUUCAUACCCCCUUCUGCGUACCCAACGGUCCUCGGCUUCGAUCUCGCGGGGGUUGUGAUUGAGGUUGGGGAGGGCGUGUCCUCCGCUCCUGUAAAUGGUAGCAAAGGUCCAACGUCUGGCGUGUUUUUCGAACCAGGUAAAUCCCGCGUCGUCGCGUACGCGGCUUCGGCAUGGAAAUCGUGCAAUCCGGAUUACGGCGCGUUCCAGGAGAUGUGUCUUGUUCCCUGGCAGCAUGCCGUCCCCCUUCCCAAUGACCAGAUCUCCUGGAAUGAGGCCGCGACACUGCCUGUGUCUGUUCAGGUCCCGCUUAGCGCGUGGGAUGCGUUGGGUAUUCUACGGGUGGGUGAGAAUACCGUCUCGUCUCGUGUUUCGGCCCCGGGCUCUGCUGGAAUCGCUAGGAGGGAGAAGAGCGAAGCACUACUUAUCUGGGGCGCGUCCUCGAGCGUGGGAACCAUGGGCGUGCAGACCGCGCGAGUUCUGCGGGAUGAUCCGAAUUCGAAUAUCGGGGCUGUAUAUGCCGUCGCUGGAAUUGCAAAUCAUGCGUAUGUUAGCGCGCUCGGAGCGGACCGUGUCUUCGAUUACAAAGAUCCCAAUGUCGUCGAUGCGAUCGUUUCGGCGGCGAAGGAGGUUGGCCUGGUUAUUCGGCAUUGCUUCCUUGCCACAGGGGAGCUGGGGCUUUGUCAAGCUGUGCUCAGGGCAUUUGGCGACCAUCGCUCUCCGGAGGGGAAAGGAGAUGUGACGGCGAAAAUCGCGUCGGCCCCGCCCAUUCCUGCUGACGCUGAAGAAGUACCAGGGGUGGAAACGAUCUUCGUGAUGCCCUCUAUGACCGACGAAGUCGAGCGGUUGGCGCAGUUCGAAUACUGGUUAUGUACGUGGUUACGGGAGAGGCUUUCUGAAGGGAGUAUCACGCCGAGUCCGCGGGUGAGGGUUCUCGGGAAGGGGUUGGAGGCUAUUAAUAAAGGAUUGGAUGAGUUGGCACGCGGGGUCAGUUGCGUAAAGUUGGUUGUUGAGGUUGCAGAGUGA